GUUCUUUCCUGUUUUUUCCAACUAAGAUUGCACUUUUGCUCUUUCUCUUUCUCCCACUGUCUUGUCUGUCAGGCAGAAACUGCAGGCUUAAAUAAACUUCCUCUCACACUCCACUCUUCUCUUCUUUUCUGUUCUGUGUCCAUUUUGGAAUUGUAAGUCCCCAACUUUUCUUUUACCCCAUCACUUGCAACUCAUAAUGGUCCAUUUCUCAGUCCUCUCCCACUCACUCACUCAGGCACCACACCACACCACUUUCUAGUUUCCACCUUCUUGUCAUUAACUUCUGCUGUCUCAAGGCUUUAGUAGCCAAAGAAGAAAAAAAAGUAUCCUACUUUCUGACACCAUCUUUAUGGCAUUAGUGUUUUAGUUAGUGCCUAAAAAAAAAUGCUUGUCUUGUAUUGGCCACUCCUAAAGCCUCAAACUUUAAGCUGCCCCCAACAUCAUAUCUCCAGAAGCAUCCCACUACUUUGAUUUUCUGUCACUUUGUUGAAUUGAAAGUGUUCCAUUUUAGUAAUUAGUAACCACUGUUUGCUUUUUUCUUUGGUCUUUGGAAAUAAUCUUCCCUUCAAUUUUCAGUUUCUUUCCAUGAACGAAGCCCAAAUUGAAAUUACCAUUCCUCACUUGUUCAGAUGCCCCAUCAGCUUGGACUUGUUCGAAGAUCCAGUGACUUUGUGCACAGGCCAAACCUAUGACAGAUCAAGCAUAGAGAAAUGGUUUUCCACAGGAAAUCUCACAUGCCCCGUGACAAUGCAGAAGCUUCAUGAUCCAUCCAUUGUUCCCAACCACACUCUUCGCCACUUGAUCGACCAGUGGCUCCAAUUGGGUCCCCAAUUUGGUAACUCUGCCACUAUUGAUUAUUUAGCUGCACUUAAGCACACCCUUGAAUCACCCCAAUUGGAAAACAAGCUCCAAGCACUCGAGAAAAUUAGAGUCCUCUCUGAUGAGUAUUGCUCCUUCAGAAAAUCUUACUUCCACCAACUGAGUUUCUUGCCACUGCUUUUGGAACUAGUUUUUGGUUCUCGGCUCUCAAAAAGUCACAACAGGGAGUUCACUGAGCUAGCACUUUCUUGCAUUCUAAAGCUGUUGCCUCUUGUGAGUUUGGAGCCUCUAAAUAUGAUCAAAGAUGAGUCUAAGCUAGCAACUUUUUUGCUACUAUUUGAAAAGGGAACUAGCUCGGUUAAGACUAGUCUUUGCCAUAUCAUAGAUUCAAUAGCAUCACCACAAACAGAAGAGGUAUGUCACAUGCUUGGACACUCUCACAAACUAGUGCAUGAGAUCGUUGUACUUGUUCGCCAAAAUUGUGAGGUUUCCAAGGUUGCAAUUAAGGCCAUGUUAGCAUUAUGUUCCUUGCAAUCUAACAGAGAGAAUUUGGUGAGGGAAGGAGCAAUUGAUGGGGUCAUAACAUACAUUUCAGGUUGUGAAACAAGGCAGAAGAACGCUGCUCCAUUGGCGAUGGCAAUAAUAAAGAAGCUUUUGGUGCUAGAGAGUGCUAAAGAGGCGUUGGUGAAUCACCCUAAUGGAGUUGAAACUCUGGUGAAGAUGGUUUUCAGGGUGUGCAAUCAAGAGUGUAGUGAGAGUGCUGUUGGGAUACUUGCAAUUAUUUGUUGUGAUUUUGGGCGUGCAAGAGAGGAAGCAAUUGAAGCUGGAGUUUUGACUCAGUUGCUGUUUCUUCUGCAGAGUCAGUGUGGCACCAAAACUAAAACAAAGGCAAGAAUGCUGCUCAAGUUGCUAAGAUCCAAGUGGAUUGAGGAACCAAAACAGGUGUAGAUUGUGAAAUGUGAAAAAUAAAUGUUCAUAAUAAUUAGUAUUUUGAUGACUCUUUGGGGGGGGGUCUUGUUGUCUAUGUGCAGUAUUUGUACCCAUAUACUUUGUAAUCUUCGAAUAUCAUAUUUUAAAACUAAGUUGUAUUCACAAGUGAAAAUAUCUAGUUGGUAUGUUUGAUUGCAACCUACCAACCUUACAUUUAAUGGAGAUGAUGGAAAGAGUUCUACC